AAGCAUAUGGUGGCAAAACCAGAGCAAUUUUUUACGAUGCUUUUGAAAGAGAUGAUCAGCUAACAGUGGAAUAUUAUACAUGCUGCUCUGCUGUUGCGUUUUCUAGAGAGCUAACUGGAUUUUUUAGCUAUUUUAAGCUAAAAUUUAGUUAUAAAAUAAAGAGCAUGGACGCUCUUAACAUUCCUUUUGUUUCAUUGCCUGUCUUGUAAAAAAAAAAAAAAUCUAAAAACAGAAGUGAAGAUAGAAAUAACAGCACAACAGCCUGUCUAAACUCAAGUUAUUUCUGAUUUUCGAAGGACUGCAUUGAUUGAUUAGAGGCAGAGUAUCGGGGAAAGAAGCCAUUUUGAUUCAUGGGUUAAGAUAUCUGGGGCUUCAUGCUACAAAGGAUUGGAGCCAAUAAAACCAUUCACACUGUUGAGAAUUGUGGAUUGGGAUCAUGGGCUGCAUUUGCUCGAAAGUCAGUAGAGCCACUAAAUAUUUAGAGAGAAGAGUCAAAAGAAAAGAAACAACCAAGCCUGCCAAACGGUUAGUUUCUUUAUCCAAAAGCGAUGAAGUUGUGGUAGAGGUUGAUGGUAAUGCUAAUGGUUCCACGGCUAGUUUGAUAUCUGACCAACCUGGAAAUGAUAAUGCGGAGUCUACUCCAGUUUCAUACGAUGAAGGAGAAAAGAAGGAAAAAAUCGAACAGGUUAAUAAUCAUCAAAGGAUUACUAGUAUAGUGAGUAUGAGCAAUGGAGAGAGAGGAGCACAAGUUGUUGCUGGUUGGCCUUCUUGGCUGACCUCUGUGGCUGGAGAAGCAAUCAAUGGAUGGGUGCCUCGAAGGGCAGAUUCAUUUGAGAAGUUGGAUAAGAUUGGACAAGGAACAUAUAGCAGUGUGUACAAAGCUCGUGAUCUUGAAACAAACAAGACAGUGGCAUUGAAGAAGGUUUGCUUUGCUAAUAUGGAUCCUGAGAGUGUUCGUUUUAUGGCGAGAGAAAUCAUCAUUUUGCGUAGACUUGAUCACCCAAAUGUUAUGAAGCUUGAGGGUGUCAUUGCUUCAAGAAUGUCUGGCAGUUUGUACCUUAUAUUUGAAUAUAUGGAGCAUGACCUUGCAGGGCUGUUGGCUUCACCAGGGAUUAAAUUCUCUGAAGCGCAGAUUAAAUGUUACAUGCAACAGCUUCUUCAUGGACUUGAACACUGCCACAAUCGUGGGAUAUUGCACCGUGAUAUAAAGGGCUCAAAUCUUCUGAUUGACUCUAAUGGCAAUCUCAAGAUUGCUGAUUUUGGACUGGCAACUUUUUUCUCUUCACCUCAGAAGCAGCCUCUAACAAGUCGGGUGGUUACACUGUGGUACAGACCUCCAGAGCUUUUGCUUGGUGCCACAGAAUAUGGAGUUUCUGUGGAUCUAUGGAGCACUGGUUGCAUUCUUGCAGAAUUGUUUGUUGGGAAGCAUGUCAUGCCUGGAAGAACAGAGGUGGAGCAACUGCAUAAAAUCUUCAAACUUUGUGGGUCACCUUCUGAUGAGUACUGGAAGAGAUCAAAACUGCCGCAUGCAACCAUUUUCAAACCUCAACAUCCUUAUAAACGUUGUGUUACCGAGACAUUUAAGGACUUUCCUUCAUCAGCUUUGGCCUUGCUAGAUGUCCUUCUUGCUGUAGAACCCGAGGCCCGUGGGACAGCUCUUUCAGCACUUGACAGUGAGUUCUUCACGACAAAGCCUCUUGCUUGUGAUCCAUCAACUUUGCCGAAACACCCACCAACAAAAGAGUUUGACGUUAAGUUUCGGGAUGUGGAUGCUAGAAGGAGGAGAGCAGCUGGAGGUAAAGGGCGUGGAUACGAAUCAACUAGAAGGGGUUCAAAAGAAAGUAAAGUCGUGCCAGCACCUGAUGCCAAUGCGGAGUUGCAAGCAUCCAUACAGAAUCGACAAGGACAGUCUAAACAAAUAAGCAUUAGUGAAAUUUACAAUCAUGAAGCGGAUGGUGUUGCUCGCUCUCCCAUUGGGCCUGCUAAAGGAACAGCAAGAAAUAUUUACUCACAUCCUGGCCAGUCGGUGCAUCCUAUGAACCUUGGAUCUUCACAUAAUAUGAAUAUCAGUGAAACUUUCAGGGCUUCUGGGCAAGAUUUUAUUUCUUCAAGGCAGGCUGCAGAAUUGAGAGCUCAGAGAUCUUUCAUUGAACAGGGAGCGGUCCUGUUGUCUAGGUUUUCUAAUUCAGUUGCAGUUAGAGGUGAUUCACAGUUUCAUGUUAGCAGUUCAACUAAGCUGAAUUCGCACUGGCCAGAGGGGAGUUUUAAUGCUAGGCAUAACAGUCUGGAUGAUUCCUCCCACGGUCAAUUAGGCAGGCCAAACUUCUCCAAUAAGAGGCCUGGUUUGGAUUCAACAACGGAUUACUCAACAAAGAAAGGCCAUGUCCACUACUCUGGACCAUUGGUGCCUCGAGGAGGAAACGUUGAGGAAAUGCUCAAAGAGCAUGAGAAACAAAUCCAGCGAGCUGUGCGUAAAGCUCGUUUGGACAAGAACACCAAUGAAAGUGGACACACUGAAUCACUAUUUUAUCACGGGAGAAUAAAUGGUAGAUGACCCGGACAAGUUUUGACUGAGCAUCGCAAAUGAUAUAAAUUGGGGCCGUUCCUAUGGGAAUACAAUGACGAUUAUGGAAUAUCAGUGCCCAUCAGAUAGUUACAAGCAUCUCCCAUAACUGGCAUGACCUUGAACCACAAAAGGGAGAUACAUGAAACGCCAAUCAAAUCCAUCACUAACAGUGCAGGACAAGACUGGCCUUGGUUUUUUUUUUUUUCCUCGACGCCAAGCAUGUUUCUGCCAAAUCAUUAUCCUUGGUCCUAGCAGUGACUGGUUUCAAAGGUAUGCUUUUUUGCAGCUGAACAUCUGAUUUUUUGGAUCAAUUUUCCCCAUUCUGUGGCGAGGCUGCAACAAUCCCAAUUGCCACUCCAAAAUGUUGCUCAAGUUAGCUUUAUAACAAUACUACACAAGUGUAACAUGCCCUUUACUUUGCCCUAGUUGGCACAUGAUGGAUAGCAAUAUAAUGAAGGAAAAAAAAAAGAUUUAUUUGAUCCUGGAUU